AUGACGAAUGAAUCGGUCUCCUUUCCUUUCGGGAAAUGUCGUAUAUGCACAGGAAAGGCGAUGGGAGUUCACUACGGUACUGCUACAUGUGAGGGAUGUAAGGCGUUCUUCAAACGUUGGAUGAACAGAGACAAGACGCUGGCUUGCUUUUUUGGCGGGAACUGUAUUAUCACGCCGGAUACUCGUCACUGUUGUAAAGGGUGUCGAUUUCGGAAAUGCAAAGAGAAUGGAAUGUCCAUAGAAGCAAUAAAGAUGGGAAGAAUUCCGAAAGUAGAGAAAAAAGCUGCAAUUGAAGAAUUACAAAGAUCACGGACAGAAACAAGAAUAUCUUCAUUAGUUAAACAGAACAGAGCAAGAAAGAAAGAUGAGAAAACACGUGAAUCCACUGUCAACCAAACACAGUUUCAAGACAUCAAUCACUCAUCGAGAGAAAUUCUAGAUCGAGGAGAAAAUGAAGAACACGUUCUAACAAACCUCAACGAGACGACGGGAAAUCUGCAAUGGUCACCUACGGAGCAGGUGUUCAGUGAUGGUCAGUUCUUCCCUUCUAUCGUACAAAAUAAGUCCACAUCAUUACCCAAUGACACAAAUGCCAUUUCUUCAGACGGCACUGUAACAGAAUCCCAAACCGAGGCACCAAUUUCAUAUGAAGCGAGUACAUCAUUUCUUGGCCAUGAGACUGUUUUAAUGGAUCAAAGCCUAGUUUCUGAUCAGAUAACUCCAAAUUGUUCAAUCCAGUCGGACUUAACUCAGAUUGUGUUGCAUUCCGUCCAACCGAUACACGAGAGCGGGCCUUCGGCAAUAAAAGCGACAAUAUUACCAUUAGAGGAUUCGUCGCAUUAUCCAACUUCUCAAAACUAUUUUAAUACACACCAAACUUCAUCCGAAAUACUAUCAAUGACAAAUCUGGAUCACCAAGACUGUACCAGCAAUAAUGAUGUAAGUUGUGAAACAUUAGCAGUAGGCGACUUUCCAAAUAUGCCUAGUUCAGUAUCAGAUCACCAAAGCCAAUAUGUCGAUAAAACUAGAAUGAAUUCCAUGCUACCAAGUGCAAAGAUAGAUGGAACUAAUCCUUGUAUUGAUGAUAUGACACCAGCGCAGGAUUCUUGCGAUGAUGUGCAAACUGGAGUGUCGGUACUAGAAAUAUCUGAACCAGAUUCUAAUAGUGCUUACCUUCGCAAUUACGUACGGUUGUUAACUAACUUAUCAGAACACGAAACGUUAACGAAUGAACUCGAAAACCAAUUCAAUACCCAGGAUGAUAUUCAGUGUGAGACACAAUCGGAUGGUCCCACGUCAAUAGAUACUUCGUUGUCGGUCAGUGAGAUACAUGUUGCCAGUUCUGGAGGACCUGAUGCCGUUCAAAGCAAUAUAGUGUUUCAUGACAAUACACAGAUGCAGACACUUUAUAUUCCUUUUUUUCGGCAAACUAGCAUUGACAAUGAUAGUGAGAGUAAUGUUGUAACUAUGGAAAGUGAAGUGAAGAAAAUCAAUCAGCCGUUAGUGCAAAGUGAUUCGAGAAACAUGGCUGAUACUCAACCUAGAGACGACACAGUCUGCAUUCAGCAGGGCAACAGUCUGCCUGCUACAGAUUCUCAACCGCUAGACCAAGAAAGUAGCAAUAUUACAUCUCCAAACAUAAAUCAAUGUAAACAACUAACAAAUAGUCAGCAAAGAAGCGUGUUAAAUCCAAUCCGUAUGAAAAACCUGGCAUCAGCUAUUUUUAGAAAUUUGUAUGGCGAUCUAGAUCCGUCACAUCAAGGAGCACAAACUAUUAUGACAGAUGCCUUUCACGACUAUUCCUCAAAUUGCAACUCUAUCGGCAAUGAACAAGACACCAGAGACAACGCACGUACAGCGAAUGACAACGACCUGGCCAAAGUCGACACGGUAAAUGAUAUUACGGAUGACAUGAGGAAAACCUUGAAGGUGUUUCACAGAUCUGUUGAUAAGCUGUACAUACCAGUGUUUCUGAAGAGACGCCUCACCAAGAAACACAAGUAUGACAAAAAAAGUAGGAAGAUUGCAUCAAGAUCAAAAGAAGGGGUCGGGUUUUUCUUGUCGAACCUUUUUAUGGAAAUAAAAGCGGAAAAUGAAAGGAUAAGAGGGUUUGCACUAGAAAUGCCCGGAUUUGCCAACAUACACACUGAUGAUCAGAUGCUGCUUCUGAAGAGGGCGUUUAUUGAAAUACAUUUGCUUACUACAUCAGAUAUCCAGUUGAAGGACGAAUCGUUUUACAUCGCAGACAAUGCCCUCGUUUUGAAUCAGAGCGCUCUGAACACGUUUGUGGACGAUCGCAUGGUGGAUCAGAUCAACAGCGUGUCUGAAUUGAUUGAGCGGUUCGAAUUGUCUCACCUCGAAAUAGGACUGUUAUGCGCUAUCCUACUGACAUCUCUCGAUGGAGUGACAGCCGAGGAUUCCAAUUCCGUAGAGGCUCUUCACUCGCACUAUCUCGACGUCUUCAGUUACAUGGUGUACUCCAGCAACAGAAACAAUAAGGCUAGACUGGUGGUCGAGAUAUUCUUCAACCUUAUCCCAGUCCUCAAAGACCUCAGUAGAAAUAUUAGCCAAUUCAUGGAGUCGGUUUUCCUUGAAAAGAACGCUGAAUUAUUAUUCCAGAACCUACUGUAG